CAAGAGUGUGACUAAAGAUCAGACAGAACACUGUAAGAGAGAAAGUGUGUUCAACUACUUUAAAGUACUUUGACCUGUUGUUUAAAAGAGACAGGAUCACAUUUUUCUACCGGAUUUACCACAGGAAGGAUUUUAUUUCACUAAACAAGAUAAGCGAUGUCGAAGGUUUUGAUGCUGGCCAUCAUCACAGUUCUCCUCCUGAUGUUGGAGGGGGGGAUGUCGUCAAGGACCCGCACCAAGCGAGAACUGGCCGGCCCGCUGCACUUGAGUGGAAUCCGGGAUCCUUACGGCUCAUACUGCCAGAGGAGAGGAGGCUGCUGCCCGGGCAGAAAUGACCAGUGCACUGUCCCGUACAUGGACACGAUCUGUUACUGCGACCUGUUCUGCAACCGCACCGUAUCCGACUGUUGUCCUGACUUCUGGAGUCACUGUUUGGGGACAACUCCUCCAUACCCCCCCAGUUCUUGUGAAAGAAACGGCCAGAGGUUUCAUUCAGGAGCAACUUACAAAGAGAACUGUAACUUGUGUACGUGUGGUCAGAAUGGACGUUGGGAAUGUGAGCAUCACGCCUGUCUGAUAGAUGCUGACAUGAUCCAGGAAGUCAACAGUAGAGGUUAUGGCUGGAGGGCAGCAAACUACAGUCACUUCUGGGGUAUGACCCUGGACGAGGGUCUGCGGUAUCGCCUGGGAACACAGCGGCCCUCACGGACCAUCAUGAACAUGAAUGAGAUCCAGAUGAAUAUGAAUGGAAACGAUCAUCUGCCAAGUUACUUCAACGCAGCUGAAAAAUGGCCAGGGAAAAUCCACGAGCCGUUGGACCAAGGCAACUGCAAUGCAUCCUGGGCCUUCUCCACCGCCGCUGUUGCAUCAGACAGAAUCUCUAUUCAGUCGAUGGGUCACAUGACCCCUCAGCUCUCACCCCAGAAUCUCAUUUCCUGCGACAAACGUCACCAAGGUGGCUGUGCCGGGGGACGUAUCGAUGGGGCCUGGUGGUACCUACGUCGACGAGGGGUGGUAACAGAGGAGUGUUACCCCUUCUCUCUGCCUCAGCAGACCCCCACUGAAGUAGCUCGCUGUAUGAUGCAGAGUCGAGCGGUGGGCCGGGGGAAGAGACAGGCCACGGCACAUUGUCCCAACAGCCACAGCUACCACAAUGACAUCUAUCAGUCAACCCCACCAUACAGACUGUCAUCGAAUGAGAAGGAGAUUAUGAAGGAGAUUAUGGAUAAUGGCCCUGUGCAAGCCAUCAUGGAGGUCCACGAGGAUUUCUUUGUGUACAAGAGCGGAAUUUACAAACAUACAGAUGUCAAUAACUACAAACCUCAGCAGAACCGCAAACAUGCAACACAUUCCGUCAGGAUAACAGGAUGGGGAGAGGAGAGGGAUUACAAUGGCAGAACAAACAAGUACUGGAUUGCGGCCAACUCCUGGGGGAAGAACUGGGGCGAGGACGGGUACUUCCGCAUCGCUCGUGGUGAGAACGAAUGCGAGAUCGAAACGUUUGUUAUCGGUGUGUGGGGAAGAGUAAACAUGGAGGACAUGCACAGUCAUCACCAUCAUCAUGGAAGACGCAAGUAAAGCCGUGAGAUCCCUUUCCACCUCAUUGCCUGAUGUACACCUCAAAAGGUCAAUCAGGUCCAUGGCAGGUUUGUUAAGAGUCCAAUUUCCACCAAAUUGAUAGACACCCAUGCCUUUUGAAUAUCACUACCAUGUUCAUAAAACAAUCUCCUCUGGCUCCAUCCUCAGUUAUUUUAACGCAUAUGUUGAGAAAUAAUAUCGGGAUUGUAUACAGAGCUGUUAUUGUCAGUCUUAUUGGUGGAAACCUACCUGAUACACUCCCUGACCUUAAAUACAAACAACUACAGGACUCAGAAGUUUUCCAGAGACUUUACAGGCACUCUGCUUUACAAUAUCACAAUCAUUUCAUUUGUCUAUUCCAGUGAUAUUCAGUCUUAACUUCUUUAGGGGGCUUGGCUGCAAAAUGGGAGAUGAUGUUGGUUUUAAGGACCAAUCCUUUAUUCUGAAAAUACGGUAGAUUUGAUUUAUGCAACAUUUCUUUGCAGUUAAGGCCUUCAGUUGAGAUUGUUGUUACGCAUUUUAAGUCAAUAUAUAAAGAAACACUCCAUUCAAAUGUAACCCAAAUAGCAAAGAUAAUUGUUGUAACGUUGAAUCAAUGUUAAAUUGGUUAUUCUUGACAUUGACUCGACAUUAAACCAAUAAUCUGGAGAAGAAAAAAAAAAUGGAAUCAGAUUGUCAUGGAUUUGUAUAGGGUUGGUUAUUAAAUCAAAUUUAAAGCAGAUUCCACGGUCCAAAACAACUGAUAGCCACUCAAUGUAUAGAAUUAAUCUCUGCAAAUGAACUAAAAUAAUUUGAGAACAUCCCCAACAAUAUCUUAAGCUUUACAGGUCAUUUGUUCAUUUGUUAACUGCAGAGACAUUUUCCACUUCACAUUAUGAACAUUAACUUCCUGUGGCAGUGUAAGAAUUGAGGAAUAAAUGCAUUAAACAUGUUUCCAUGAUAAUGAAGGGUAAAAAUCUCUGUGUAUUCAGUGUCAUAUCAGCGACUGUGUUUUUUCAAGUUCUCAAGUGUAUAGGAGCACAAAGAGUUUUCAUGCUAUUCUGCCCUACCAAAAAUUUACCACGUUUAUACAAUGUAAAAUCUGAGUGGCUGAAGAGGAUUUAUGUAAAUUAAAGGUUGCACAAACAUACAGAAAAAGACAUACGUCAUAUCACCACUUGAAAAAAACGAUAGAUUUAUAUAAUGUUGAAUAAACUCAACAGGACAUUUGCUUAAACCCUUAGGCUUUUACUGUACCGGAUAUAAAAUAC